AUGACAUUGUACAGAUGGGUGGGUGAUCCAAUUCCACUACAGCUUAAUGGGCAAAUGAAGUUAGAGAAAGGAACUAAAUGGAACAUCUUGCCUAAUGGGAUUUUUCAAGUGGAGCCUACACGUUGUCCUGGAUUCACCUUCAGGAAAUCGAUUUUCAUUGGAUUGACAGAUAUGGGGACGAGGGAUGUUCGUGAGUUAAUGGAGAGGAUGGAUAAAGACUAUUCUGGGAACACCUACCACCUUAUCCAGAAAAAAUGCAACCAUUUCCGCAAUGAUGUUUGUGUCAAACUAACGGGGAAGUCCACCCCUCCCUGGUUGAAUCGACUUCCUAGACUUGGUUUUCUCUGCAACUAUGUUCUUCCACCCAACCUAAAUGAAACAAAGGUUCGCCAAGUUACGUUAGACAGGGUUCAAGAUGAAGAGAAGAAGAAAGUGAGAAUGCAUUCCAGCAGGUACGAGGCUUCACCCAAACCUCCAUUGUCUAGUAGCCGAAGACAUUGCCUUCCUUCAUCUUCUGUAAUUAAUGUUUCUCCAUCCUCAACCAUAAUAGUAAAGUAA